UUUAAAUAGCGGAGCCGCCGGGUGGCAGACAUCAAUCACAUUCGACCUAUUGUGGAAACAUGAGUAACAAAGCAGUCGCAGGUUUGCUAGCGCUCUCAGCCACCUUAGCUGCAGUCGCAGCUGAGCCCUCGGGCUUUGGAGGGCUCGGCUUCAAGAAGGGCUUCCAGGAUGGCUACGAAGAGCAAUUUGGUGGCGCAAAUAAGUACCAGGGAGGUGGAGGUGGCGAAUUUGACAAGGCAUUCUUCGAGAAGGGUGGACAGUCUGGAGAAAAAGGCUACAAAGGCUUGACCGGCUACGAUCACAACUUGGGCGUGAAGCAAGACACCAAGCAGGAGCAGGGCUUCUUUGGUGACGUGAACGGUGCCAACAAGAAGUACAACGAGGGUCGCCAGUACGGCGGCGGCUCCAACUACAAGGCAGGCGGCCAGCAGGCGGCCGGUCUGAACAACAAGGGUGGACACAAGAAGGGCUACAAGAAAGAGGGCUUCGAAAAUUCGCACCACAAGGAGGAGAGCGGCAAGAGCACGACCUUCUACGACGAAGCGCAUGACGGCGGCGAGCACUACACCUCGAAGGGCCAGGAGCAGGCCUUCGGCAACGAGAAGGGCGAGAAGCUGGGAGGUGGAUACUACAACAACGGUCUGCAGGGUGCCAAGGCCGGAAAGCAAGGGGCUUACGAUAACGGAUACACCUUUGAAGAUGAGAAGGGACACAAGGGACAAGUUGGACAGCAAGGCUAUUCUGGCAACCAGGCUGGUUUCGGCAGCUCCGGCGGUUUCAACAAGAAUAAUAAGUUUGGCGGCCAGGCUGGGUAUGGCGGCCAGGCGAAAUACGGCAACGGCUACAACGCUGGCAACUCCUUUGGAGGCGGCUACGGCGGACUGGGUCACGCUGGCGGUCUGGGCUACGUGGGUGGCGCUGGACUUGGCUACGGAGGCGUCGGACUUGGCUACGGAAACGCUGGUCUGGGCUACUCGGGCGUUGGCCACCAAGGCCUAGGCUACGCGGGCGCUGGCGGACUCGGGGGCUACGGAGGUGUCGGGCUCGGAGGCUACGGGGGCGCAGGAGUCGGCUACGGGGCUGCCGGAGGAUUCGCUGGUGCUGGAAUCGGAGGUGCCGGAAUCAGAGGUGCUGGAAUCGGAGGUGCUGGAAUCGGAGGUGCCGGAAUCGGAGGUGCUGGUGGUCUGGGCUACGGCAAAAUCAAUGGGGCCGGACUGGCCGGCGCCGGCAACUACGGGCUCGGCUUGGGAAUCGGCAAGUUCGGGGGCGUCGGCACCGGUGCCGGCUAUGGGGGCGGCUUGGGCUUCGGAGCCGGUCAGCUGGGUGGCCUCAACUACGGGGGUGGCCAAUUGAUUGGUUUGGGCGCCGGCGGUGGUUACGGAGUGAGCGAGUACAGCAAGUAGGGCCGCCGUUCGAUCGGAGGGUGGAUUCGCACCACGCGCACCGCUGCACGUUCACAAGCGAGCGAUGUAUAGAGACUGCCGUUGGUUUGUUUUAGCAGGGGAGUCAGGGGGUUUGUAAAAGCGCGUCGCACACUUUCACGUAUGUAUAAAUACGCUGCACCCGCACCAGUUUCACCCGUAAUCGCAGGAUUGUCUCGUUCCAAGGCACAAGUCAAACAUUUGUGAUGCCAGAUUAAAAAUGGAUGGCCUGCUCUUCGUUUUGUUCAAUGUGUACAUUUUUCCACUCCGUAAAUAAAUAUUGUGAAUGAGAACAAA